AAGUCAUAGUAAGGAGACGAAAACAACCUCAACAACUCUCAGUCCUUUAAGGAAAGUGUUGGAAUGAACUAUCGGACAUACCAAUAAGUUGGAAAUCAAGAACCAACUGCUUCCCAUUGUAACUGUGGGAGCAUUUUGCAGGCUAAUACUAGGAAAUGGAAGGUGGUUUACGGUGCGACCAAGCGUUCCACCAUUAUGCCUUCCGUUACAUCGGCUUGCUCCGUAAUAUUCACCAUAUGGAUUAUUGUGCCUCAGCUCUGCCUCUGUCCAGUACAAGCCACGUUUGGGACAACUCCAAACAUUAAGCACAUCGUGAUAGGAAGAUGCUUCACUUACACCACACUGAUUCAGCCCGGCUUACGGUACGACUGUGAGGAGAUCUGGAGGCAGUUUGAGAAGGCUGUCGUCCAGCAGGCCUCUUGCAAUGUGACAGAAGAGCAUUAUUUUGAGAUGUUUAGCAUGAUGCCACAGGUCUGGCCCUGUGACAGGUUUCUGUUUUGGAGUAAAACCCGGAUGUUGGUGCACAGCUAUGCGGCUGUUUUUCGGCACUUCUGGACACUGGAAGACACGUUGGUUGGUUUCCUGUUCAACGACCUGAUCUGGUGUGGCCAGGAGGAAGACUCUGACUUCGAUUUCAACUCUUGUCCAGCCUGGUCAACAUGCAGAACCCAUCCUGUUUACUCUUUAUGGAAGCGAGCCUCACAAAAUUUUGCCGAGAUGGCGUGUGGGAACAUUACCGUGUUGCUGAAUGGGUCUAUUACUGAUGCGUUCAACAGGAAGAGCAUGUUUGGAAGCGUUGAACUGGACAGCCUGAAUCCUCAGAGAGUGAACUACGUCAACAUAAAGGUGGUGACAAAUCCAGAGGGACCGCACAUAGGAUCAUGCGGUCGAGGAUCUAUCGUAGAGCUCAUCCACAUACUCCGGUCACGAGGUUUCCGCUGGACCUGUACCAACAGUGACCUGACCUUGGUGAUGCUUCAGUGCAUCCAGGACCUAAAUCAGCCCAGCUGCCAGAUGUUGCCAAGCAGCAUGUUGCAACAAAAGGACCAAACAUCCACAUGAAUCAUAUUUUGAAACCAUGUGUCAUAAUCUGGUGUUGGUAUUUUAAGCUUUAAAAUAUACCUUGCCUGGUAGUGAAACUAAUUUAAUGGCUGAUAUUUUCUUUCCAAACCUUCCAGAGAUGGAAAAGGGGGCAAGAUUAAAAAAGUUUAAACUUCUGCCUACAUCUUUUUCCAAACAAAUACUUAUCUAAAUAUGCUUUGUUAGCGUUAUAGAUUUUUGUAUCAAUGUUUAGUGUUUAACCUCUGCCUUAUGUUUAACAUUUGCUAGAAGAAGUGGGUCUUUUUUAGCUAACACAUGCACACAGCUGCAGCUUACUGAACAUCACAGAGGUUUCAGGUUUUAGGUGCAGCAAUAUUGUGGUAUUUAAAUUGUCAAUGUGAAUAUGUUUGAAAUAAAUAAAC